CGCCACCAUAGGCGUUAGUGUUCUUUAGCGACGCCAUUUGCAAUUGUUGCCUUGUCCGGAGCAGAACUCUCUAGGCGCGAAUAAUUAGUUGCAGCUAAAUUCACAGCAAACCAGAAUUUCCAGAAGAAUUUAAUAAAAAGUGCAAAAUCUUUAAUUAGAAAAAAAAGUAUAUUUUUAAUGUGUGUGUGUGUUGUAAAUUUUCAUCUUUUGUCGACACUUCAGAGAUGCUUAAUUUUUGAGGUUGAUUUGUUUCAGUCAAUUGCAAGGUCAAGUUUAUCAUAUAUAUAUACAAUUUCAUAGAGGCACAUGUUUUCAUAGUGUGGAUUUAUAAUAAUUUUAUCCUUUAUCAUGACGCAGUUGGUUGUCCAAUUGAAAAUAUAAAAGAUCAACAUUUUAAAGAAUUUAUAAUUAAAUUUAAAGAUAUGUAUCAAUUAUCUAUUUUCUUACUCCUUUGUGGAAUUUGUUUAACGAUAAUAAUCGUAGAUGGUUCAAGACAAUGUAGAGGAGAAAAUAAUCAGCCUCUCGAUUGGUAUGUUCUUUAUAAAUUACCAAAACGUCCAGAGAGUAAUAAUAAAUUGAUACAAAAAGGCGUUGCUUAUCUUUAUUUGACUAGUGAGACAACUAGUCAAAGUUGGACAUUAUCAGAAAAGGAUAUUAGUUCAAAAAAUUCUAUUCCUGGAAAUACUUUGGCUUCUUUGUAUGAUAACAAAGAAGAGGAUGAUGAAUUAUGGUUAUUGUACAAUGAUCAACCACCAAAUCGAAGUACGGGAAGAAAUGGACAUGCAAAAGGAAUUGUAAACGUUGACAAUAACAAGGGUUAUUGGUUAAUACACAGUGUUCCAUAUUUUCCACCAGCACCAAAUGGUGGUAAAGAACCACGAAAACGUACAACAACGGAUAAUACAACGAUACAACAAAUUCCUGAUGGCUCUUAUGAUUAUCCUGAUUCAGGCAAACAAAAUGGACAAAGUUUUCUUUGCAUUUCAUUGGGUUCAAAUCAAUAUGAUUUGGUUGGGAAACAAUUGAAAUACAAUCAAAUUACCGUUUAUAAAAAUAAUAUUCCAAAUGAUUUGGGACAAAAAUUUAAGGUUCUUGCCGAUGCGGCUAAUCAGGUUCGAAUAAAAAUUGCCCCUUAUAAUAAUUCAGCGAUACUUUGGUCCUUGGAACAAACAAGAUUUAUUUCUUUUGCAAAAAGCGCAAAGUGGAAUAAAGAUUUAUAUGACGAUUUUGUUGCACCAGAACUUAAAUCUGAUUUAUUGACGGAAACUUGGUUAAAUGGACGUGGAAGAUUGCCAUCGGAAUGUAAUGGUUCAAGAGUACUUAAUGUUGAAUCCGUUUAUUUAAAAGAAGUUGAUCUUAGUUUUAAUAGUAGUCAUGAUCAUUCCAAAUGGGCUGUGGCUUCUGAAAAUAAAUUAAAUAAAAAUUGGGUUUGUGUGGGUGAUAUCAAUCGAGCUAAUACUCAAUUUACAAGAGGUGGUGGAACUGUUUGUUUAAAUUUGAUAAAAGUUUGGAAAAACUAUCGUAAUUCCGUUGCUGGAAUUGAGCCAUGUCCAAAACAAAAAAAGAUAUCAUUUUUCCAAAAAUUGAAAAAUUGGUUUAUUUAACAUUAAUAUUGUAAUUUUAAAUAUUUUAUUUUUAUUCAUAUAAAUAUAUGUUGAUAUUGUUGUUUUUUAUAUAUAUAUAAUACUAUUAGAUUAAUCUAAUUGUUAUUAGAAAAACAAUUUGUUAUUUUUUACAAAUAGUGCAAUAAAUAUUUGAUACAUUAA